UCAGGAUCGGGUUGCACCCAGAGGCCAUUCAGUAGCGUGGAACAUGGGCUUUGCAGAGGUUUCGGCUCUUUGGACGCUGGUGGUGGCGGCGGCGGCGGCCCUGGCCGGAGCCGCCGAAGUGCUGGUGGUCCUCCCACAGACGUCGCACAGCCACCUGCGCUGCAACACGGCAGUGCCGCGCGCGCUGGCGGAGCGCGGACACAACGUCACCCUGGUGGUGCCCUGGCCGCCACACGGCGACACCAGCAUGUUCAAGAGCGUCAUCGUCGUCGGGGACUGCACCGACGCGUACGGGGGAUUCUUGAUGCGCGAGUACAAGAAGAGGGGCCUGUUUUGGCUGGAGAACAUCAGCUACCUGACGCCGGGGCUCCUGCAGCCCAUGUCCAUGUGGUUCUUCGUGUGGAAGUACGGCGACAUGAUGGUGGAGCACACGCUGCAGCAUCCCGCCUUCCGCCGCGAGGUGCUGGACCGCCCCGACGCCCACUACGACGUCGUCCUGAGCGAGCUGCUGAUGCAGCAGGAGGCCUUCCUCGGCCUGGCGCACCACUUCGACGCGCCCCUGGUGGCGCUGCAGCCCAACGCCAACCACGCCAGGGUGGCGGCGCACAUGGGGGGCCCCACCAACCCCGCCUACGCCAACGACCGCUGGCUGCAGGCAGCGGGCAGCCUGGACUUUUGGCAACGGGCGAAGAACGUUCUCCUCUACCUGUACUCCCAGGCUGGACUGUACCUCUACCACCUCCCGAGGCAACGCGGCCUGCUCCGUCGGUUUUUCCCCGACGCGCCUUCACUGGAGGAGCUGGAGGAGGCCCGCCUGGUCCUCACCGUCUACAACGACCACCCGCUCCUGACGUACCCCAUGGCCCUGCCGUCCAACGUGGUCCGGGCGCCCCUCGCGCACCUCCAGCCGCUGCCGCUCCCACAGCGGUUGCAGGGCUUGCUGGACAACGCGACGGCGGGGGCGAUCGUCUUCAGCCUUGGCUCCCUCAUGAUGCCGUCCGAGAUGCCUGCGAGCGUGCAGUCCGCCUUCAUGACGGCCUUCGGGGAGCUGGGCCACAGUGUGGUGGCGAGGUGGUCUGACAAACCGCCCACAGCCAACGUCCCCGACAACGUGCACCUCGAGACAUCGUGGAUGCCCCAGGACGACCUUCUGGCCCACGCCAACACCCUUCUGCUGGUGUCGUCGUGCGGCUGGACGAGCGUGCAGGAGGCCAUGUGGUACGGCGUGCCCGUGCUGUGCAUGCCGCGCUUCGGCGACCAGUUCGCGACCCUGGCCGUCGUGGAGGAGCUGGGCGUGGGCUUGGCGUUGUCGAAGGAACGCAGCCUCGCCGACGUCCGCCAGGCCCUGCAGACGCUGCUGCAGCCCGACAACAGGUACCGGCGAGCCGCGCAGCGCCUGGCACUGCUGCUGCAAGACCAGCCGGUGCCCGCCCUGGACGUGGCCGUGGAGGCCGUGGAGCACGUAAUUCGGUGGCGCGGCGCCGGCCGCUACCGACGGCCCUCCGCCGCGCGUCUGCACUGGCACCAGCUCGUCCUCCUCGACGUCGUCCUGUUUCUUAAACCUAGUAAAUAA